GUUGACUUCUAAUUGAUGGUUGUUGUGAUGUUGACAUUCUUUAGGUCAGACCUGGUGCCUGCCUAUGUUCGACUUCUUCGCGAUAAUGAGGCUGAGGUGCGGAUUGCUGCUGCAGGAAAAGUAACCAAGUUUUGCCGAAUUUUGGACCCAGAACUUGCCGUUCAGCAAAUCCUACCAUUUGUUAAGGAAUUGUCAACAGAUUCAUCCCAGCACGUUCGCUCUGCAUUGGCUUCAGUGAUAAUGGGAAUGGCACCAGUUUUAGGAAAGGAUGCAACCAUAGAGCAACUGCUGCCUAUUUUCCUUUCUCUUCUCAAAGAUGAGUUUCCAGAUGUCCGGCUGAACAUUAUUAGCAAGCUUGAUCAAGUUGAGCAGUUCUUGGUAAUUUACCUGGUGCAGGGAAUUGGAAUUGAUCUGCUGUCCCAGUCUCUACUGCCAGCAAUUGUGGAACUGGCAGAGGAUAGACAUUGGAGGGUUCGGCUUGCGAUAAUAGAAUAUAUCCCUUUAUUGGCAAGUCAGUUGGGUGUAGGGUUUUUCGAUGAUAAGAUUGGUUCUCUUUGCAUGCAGUGGUUAAAUGAUAAGGUUUACUCAAUACGUGAUGCAGCUGCUAAUAAUGUGAAGCGCCUUGCAGAAGAAUUUGUUCCUGAUUGGGCCAUGCAGCAUAUAGUCCCACAGGUUUUGGAAAUGAUUAACAACCCUCACUAUUUGUAUCGGAUGACCAUUCUACAUGCAAUUUCCCUACUUGCCCCUGUUAUGGGAUCAGAAAUUACUUGUUCCAAACUUCUACCGGUGGUUAUCACUGCAUCAAAAGAUAGGUAUUGCGUUCCGGAUAUUUGGAUACUAUCCGGAGGCAAAGGAAGUGAUUGUCAUAAGGCUGCAAUUACAGGAGACAUAGUGGGAGACCCAUUCAAAGACACAGCUAGACCUUCACUUCAUGUCCUUAUUAAAAUGCUUGCUACAAAAAUGUUGGUCAUGGCUCCUGUCUUUCUUUGA